GGGGCUUUUAUGUAAAUGCGGAUGAAGAAUGCUGGCAAUGCCUGCUUGACUUCAGACGGGUCUGGGAAAGCACUGGGGGGAAGAGAAAAAAAAGCCAGCGUAGUCUUGCUACAAUAUAACAUUUUCUUUCUUUCUUACUCAUGCAAGAACUGGAUGGAUAAAUAGUAACAGCUGUAGGAAGUUCACCAGGACACUUUGUUGUCAUUCCUGCUCAGACCUCGGAAAUGAAGAACAGUCAUGUAAACACGGAUCGGAGUAACCCAGCAGAUGAAUGCAAGAAGUUUAAACGAAAGCUUCGGGAUUCUGUUAAACGUGAGGAAAAGAGCUCACAUGACUCGAAGAAAAGCCUCGACUCAGUAGAACCUUUGCUGGAGCAGGUUUAUGGAAAAACCCAUGAGAACAAGUUCCAGAGUUUUGAUCCAGCUGGAGAAUACAUCCAGCAACCGGACAUCUUAAACACUGCUCUCGAUAUGAAAGUGUACACGUUGCCAUCACUGAGUAGGAAUGAAACAGAAACGCCACUGUGGUCGAUUUCAGAGACUGGGGGGAGAACCAGAAGCGACACAGCAUCACUACAGGAAUCGGUCUUCGAUCAUCAGCAAGCGUUUCCAGCAAACUGUCCUCCUCCUCAUCACCAUCAUCAUCAUCAUCAUCAUCAUUCGCGUAUCCUGUUAUGCAAACGCUCUGAAAGGUCUGUGUGCUCGACCUCUCGGGGUUCGUACCUCCAUAACAGUACUGAAACCACCGAGUCGGUUCGGAAACCAGCUGAAGAGCAGUCUGCUGGCGUGGUCACGGAGAUCAGGGCAAUUCAGCAGACACGAAGACUCCUGGCAAAUGCUCGAGAGAGGACCAGGGUUCACACCAUCAGUGCAGCAUUCGAGGCUCUGCGAAAGCAGGUGCCUUGCUACUCCUAUGGACAGAAACUCUCCAAGCUGGCUAUAUUAAGAAUCGCUUGCAACUAUAUCCUGUCAUUGGCUCAACUUGUAGAUCUGGACUAUACACCAGACCACAGCAACAUGAGCUUCAGAGAGUGUGUUGAGCAGUGCACCAGAACCCUGCAGGCUGAGGGUCGCUCCAAGAAGAGAAAGGAGUAAAAUGAAGACUGGCUUAGAAGAAAGAAGAACGUCACUACAGAACGAUUAGGACGAGGCAUAUUCUACACUGAUGCAUCCUUACACUUGACGUGUGAGAUCCUGGAAUGUUCUAUCGAAGUAGGCUAAAGUGUGUGAGGAGAAAAAAAAAGUCACAGAAUUAUUACAUAUAUAAUAAUAAUAAUAAUAAUAAUAAUAAUAAUAAUACGGUAACUGCAGAUAUUAAAAUAUAAUACAUUUCACACUACGAAAAUAUUAUACAGAACACACUAUUAUUAUAAUUCUACACUGCAACGAUGAACGAUUAUUGUAAAAUGCCCGUAUGAUGUUUGUCGAUCGGAUCACGCAUUGCAGGUUUUUACAGAUGUUUCAGUUAGCUUGCAGGAUUUCAUUUACGCUUGAAUUUGAACUUGAGGCUUGUAAAACUGCAUGGAUAGGUUAGGUAGCACAGAUUCAUAAUAUGAAUUAUUAAUAUAAACAAAUGUUUAAUGACGCAUUAAAGACCGCUUCCAUCAGUAUGAAAUAGUAUGCAUUGAGUUUUUCCUCUCAGAAAUAAAUAUUCAACAUA